UGCGGGCGGCGAUGAGAGCGAAAGUUGCGCUCGCCUCGGCGCUGGGGGCUUGAAGCCGCACCGCGCUCCGCCCGGCCGGCCUCCCCCGGCUCCGACUCGCGCCCGCGGGUUCCCGCCGCGCCCGCCCGGCCCCGCGCCCUUCCGCGCUCCUCCCCCACCUCCCCCCCCCCGGCCCGGCGCCCCCUCCUCAGGAGCCGCGGGGCCCCGCCACUUUCGCCGGGCCCCGGCCCCCGCCGAUGCCGGCCAUGGUGGAGAAGGGCCCCGAGGUCUCAGGGAAGCGGAGAGGGAGGAACAACGCGGCCAGCGCGGCCGCCUCGGCCGCCGCCGCCUCGGCCGCCUCCGCCGCCGCCGCCUCGGCCACCGCCUCCGCCUCGGCCGCCGCCGCCGCCGCCGCCUCCGCCUCGGCCGCCGCCUCGGCCGCCGCCGCCCCCAAUAAUGGGCAGAAUAAAAGUUUGGCGGCGGCGGCGCCCAAUGGUAACAGCAGCAGCAACUCCUGGGAGGAAGGCAGCUCGGGCUCGUCCAGCGACGAGGAACACGGUGGCGGCGGCAUGCGGGUCGGACCCCAGUACCAGGCGGUGGUGCCCGACUUCGACCCCGCCAAACUAGCAAGACGCAGUCAAGAACGAGACAAUCUUGGCAUGCUGGUCUGGUCACCUAAUCAGAAUCUAUCAGAAGCAAAACUAGAUGAAUACAUCGCCAUUGCUAAAGAGAAGCAUGGGUACAACAUGGAGCAGGCUCUUGGGAUGCUCUUUUGGCAUAAGCAUAAUAUUGAAAAGUCAUUGGCUGAUUUGCCCAACUUUACCCCCUUCCCAGAUGAGUGGACUGUGGAAGAUAAAGUCUUGUUUGAGCAAGCCUUUAGUUUUCAUGGGAAAACUUUUCAUAGAAUCCAACAAAUGCUUCCUGACAAAUCUAUAGCAAGUCUGGUGAAAUUUUACUACUCCUGGAAGAAGACAAGGACUAAAACCAGUGUGAUGGACCGCCAUGCCCGGAAGCAGAAGCGGGAGCGGGAGGAGAGUGAGGAUGAACUGGAAGAAACAAAUGGAAAUAACCCCAUUGACAUUGAGAUUGAUCAAAACAAGGAAAGCAAAAAGGAGGUGCCCCCUACGGACACAGUUCCUCAGAUCAAAAAGGAGAAACAUAGUACACAAGCUAAAAAUCGAGCAAAGAGGAAACCUCCGAAAGGAAUGUUUCUUUCUCAAGAAGACGUGGAGGCUGUUUCUGCCAACGCCACUGCGGCCACCACGGUGCUGAGGCAGCUAGACAUGGAGUUGGUCUCCAUCAAGCGGCAGAUUCAGAAUAUUAAACAGACAAACAGUGCUCUCAAAGAAAAACUUGACGGUGGAAUAGAACCAUAUCGGCUUCCAGAGGUCGUUCAGAAAUGUAAUGCACGCUGGACCACGGAAGAGCAGCUCCUCGCGGUACAAGCCAUCAGGAAAUAUGGCCGAGAUUUUCAGGCAAUCUCCGAUGUGAUUGGGAACAAAUCCGUGGUACAAGUGAAAAACUUUUUUGUAAAUUAUCGACGCCGCUUCAACAUAGAUGAAGUUUUACAAGAAUGGGAGGCAGAACAUGGGAAAGAAGAGACCAAUGGACCCAGUAGCCAGAAACCUAUCAAGUCCCCGGAUAAUUCUAUCAAGAUGCCUGAAGAAGAAGACGAGGCCGCUUCUGUUCUAGACGUCAGAUACGCAUCUGCUUCCUGAGGAAGUCUGGUGGCUUCGAGCACUCGGUAUGGACGACUGUGUAAUCCAAGAUAUCAGGUAUUACAGGACAUCACCUAGCCAUCCGCAUCACAUCUCUGUGGACAAGCAGCUAUUACCAAAAAAGGCAUACACUUCA